ACAAUUUCAAUUUUCAAUAUUCCAAAUCCAAUUUUUUCAAUCAAUAUGCACAAUUAAUUAAGAUUAGUACUUAUGACAACUUUUGUUAUAAAAGUUUAAGCGGUUUGUUUGUUUUGAUUUCUGACUGUUUAUCACAGGGUUUGAAAUAAAAUAUGAGCAUAAAAAUAUCUAAUUAAAAUGAUGUUUGGUGAGCAUUCUAAAACGCAGUUUAUUGAACAAACAAGAGCUGCACGAGUGGAAAGAGCAAAUGAUCGUAAACGUGAGGAAUCAGCUAUCCUUAUCCAAUCUUUGGUUAGAGGAUGGCUUGUUCGCAAACGCACUCAAAACUUAAUACUGAAACAAUUUGAUGACACAUUUGAGAACAUCAAUGAUUUGAAACCUGCUAUUACUGUUUAUUUAUCUGUGAAAAAAUUUUUAAUUUAUUGGGAUGAAAAGCGAGAUAAACAUAGAUUUGAAAAACUCUGCAGAUAUAUAAUUCUUAGUCUGGAAUGUGAUGCAAUCAAACGUAGCUAYAUAUCAGUAGCUUUGUCUAGUGAGCAUGCAGUUAACUGGAUAAGUCAUGUUAAAGAAAUUCUGUCUAUUUGCCUAACUUACCUUACUAAACUUCAGCCAAAAUCAUUAGAUGAUUCUUCUUUUUUACACACUUUACUUCACAUGAUUGUAUCUUUUACAUCGACAUCAAGAUGGUGUGCAAUUAAUUCAAAUACUUCUUUGCAAGGGUUAAAACCUGGAUUAGAACGUUUAACAGAAAACUUGAUUGCACACUUAUUGAAUAAAAAUGUGUUUAAUACCAUGCAGGCAUUACUGAUUACUGGUUUAUCAGGUAUUAAAAUCUUAUUAAAACCUGUGGCUAUGACAGCUAUAAUGACUAUUUGCUGGAGAUGUUUAGUUUUGAGCAAUUUUUCAACAAAUAUUUUCCAAUUAUUUGUGAUUAAGAUUUAUUCUAUACCUUUAUUAGUAGAGCAUUUGAUAUCUCUCUCGCCUAAAAUGAUUGAAACAUUUAAUUCUGUUAAUUUACUUGAGAAGGUUAUGCAAUUAUUAAAUGAUCAAAAACAAUGCGAUGAAAUAUUUCAUUGCUUACAUCCUAGUUGGUGUUUAUCAUUGAUUGCAAACAUUGUGCAUUUAGCUGAAUUAAGCGCUGAAACAGAUCAAUUUGAAAGUAAUUCUACAUCAGUGUUUAUUGUAAGUUUCAAACUUUAUAUUGAUUUCAGGAUUAAUUAUGUGCAUUUAAUGGCACAUUAUGUUAUGCAUACUCAGAUCAAAGCACAAACAGCAGCUUUUAUCAAAGGGUUUAAAUAUGUUAUAAAUCCUGAAUGGUUAUCAUUAUUCUCUACUCCAGAACUUCAAAAACUGAUAUCCGGAGACAAUGCUCCAAUUGAUUUGCUUGAUCUUAGAAGAACCACACAAUACUAUGGAGGAUUUCAUGACUCUCAUCGUGUGAUUCUAUGGUUGUGGGAAGUUCUUCAAAAAGAUUUCACAGAAAAAGAAAGAUCACUUUUCCUGAAAUUUGUGACCAGUUGUUCAAAACCACCUUUACUUGGUUUUGCAUACCUGGAGCCACCAUUUUCCAUAAGAUGUGUCCAAGUAGCAGAUGAUGAAGACUUUGGUGACACACUUGUUAGUGUUAUUCGAGGAUUCUUCACUAUUCGUAAAAAAGAUCCAAAUCUUAGACUACCUUCGGCUUCUACRUGUUUCAACCUGCUCAAGCUUCCAAACUAUCAAAAAAAAAGUAUUCUUAGAGACAAACUUAGGUAUGCAAUUUCAUCAAAUACUGGAUUCGAACUGUCAUGAAUUUUCUUAUGCCAACAAAAUAAUUUCAUGUGAAAUUAAUUGAGGUUUAUAAUUGCUGAUGUGUAUGGUUAUGAAACUAGGAUGUACGAAUUAUGGCUAUCUUAUGUGAUGUAUUCAAAUAAUCUAUAUUUAUGAUUAUUUGUAAUUGUAAUUCUGUUAGGACUGAAUUAAUCAUUAUUAUUAUUAUUUUAUAUUGGAAAAUUAUUGAUUUCYGAGUUAUAUCAUUCCAAGUAAUGAAAUAAUUUUUAAAACAUUUAUUAUUAGGUUGAUUUAUAUAGAUAAUAAUAUGAAGAAAUAUA